UGAAAGGCAAUUGAUUUGUGUCCAUAUAAAUCGUAGUAAAGCUAGUGGGUGUGACAUUGCUACGACGGCCGCGCCGACAGAGGGUGCGCGCGCGCAGCUCCCGGAUUUCAGUGCUCUAUGUGAUCGUGACAAACAACUUCUUUUUACUGUUAAGUGAAAGUAAAAGUAAACUAUCAAAAUGAAGAUUUUAAUGCGAGCAGACACCCACUACAGCAUCGGAGUGCGGAGUAAUCUGUAUGAUAAGCCGAAUUUUACGUUUUCUCAGGUGCUGGCGGCGGUGGCGGUGUCGCUGGGCUCCAUGAUCGUGGGCUUCUCGUCCGCCUACACCUCGCCCGCCCUCGUCACCAUGGAGAACAGCACCUACAUAUCAGUUACCAAAGAACAGGCAAGUUGGGUGGGCGGCCUCAUGCCCCUCGCCGCGCUGGCCGGCGGGAUCAUCGGCGGGCCGCUGGUGGACUACAUCGGGCGGCGGCGCACCAUCCUGUUCACGGCGCCGCCGUUCCUCGUGGGCUGGAUCCUGAUCGGCUCAGCCAGUGUAGUGCACCUGGUGCUGGCCGGCCGCGCCAUCUGCGGCCUGUGCGUGGGCAUCGGCUCGCUCGCCUUCCCCGUGUACCUCGGCGAGACCAUCCAGCCCGAGGUGCGCGGCACGCUCGGACUCUUCCCCACGGCUAUCGGCAACAUCGGCAUCCUUGUCUGCUACGUCGCCGGCAAGUACCUCGACUGGGCCCAGCUCGCCUACCUCGGCGCCGCCCUGCCGAUCCCCUUCUUCAUCCUCAUGAUGAUGAUCCCCGAGACGCCCCGCUGGUACGUCUCCAACGGCCGCACGGACGAGGCGAGGAAGGCCUUGCAGUGGCUGCGCGGCAAAAGCACCAACAUCGAUGAAGAAAUGCGCGAUAUAGCUCUCAUCGACUCCGAAAUCAGUUCCAACGAAUCGACAAUUACAGAAGUAUUUUCAAGAAUUUAUAUGAAAUCGAUAUUAACUUGUAUCGGUUUAAUGGCGUUUCAGCAGCUGUCCGGAAUAAACGCGGUAAUAUUCUACACGGUGCAGAUCUUCCAGAUGUCCGGCAGCUCGGUGGACGAGCAUCUGUCAACCAUUAUUGUUGGCGUCGUGAACUUCGCCUCCACAUUCAUAGCAACGGCUAUUAUUGACCGAGUCGGUCGUAAAAUUCUACUUUAUUUUUCUUCUGUAACUAUGACUUUAACGUUGAUUCUACUCGGGACCUUCUUUUACGUCAGAGAUGUGUACAAAAUGGAUGUCUCUAGCCUGGGCUGGCUGCCGCUGACGAGCGUGAUGCUGUACUUGUUAGGGUUCUCGUUAGGGUUCGGGCCGAUACCGUGGUUGAUGAUGGGUGAAAUAUUGCCGGCGAAGAUCAGAGGUCCGGCCGCAUCAAUAUGCACUGCUUUUAAUUGGUUGUGUACUUUCACGGUGACGAAAACAUUCCAGAAUAUCUUGGACGGGAUUGGUCCUUGCGGUACGUUUUGGUUGUUCGGGUGUAUUUGUUUUGUGGGAUUGUUUUUCGUGAUAAUUUUUGUCCCGGAGACGCGCGGCAAGAGCCUGGAGCAGAUCGAGAGCAAGCUGACGGGGCGCGCGGCGCCGGCGGGCCGCACGCGCCGCCUCAGCUCCAUCGCACACAUCAAGCCACUGCCGAGCGGCUGCUAACUACACGUUUUAAACUAUAGAUCGUAGAAUUUGUUGAUUUGUAUGACUGAAUGAUAAUAGUUAAGGAAUUAUUUAAGUAAGUAUACUUAUUUAACUGUGUGUAGUGUGGGGACUGAUCUCUCAGUCCUUAUACUAGAGGUAAUAAUGGUUAAUUUCACAAGGAUAUAUUAUCCAAGAUUAUUCAUAAGGACUUUAUUGAACUACCUAUAGGUAUAGUUAGUUUAAAUUUCAUGAACAUUUUUAAUUAUGUAUGUGUCGCAUCGCAACCAAAUACUAGCCCCUUUUUGAUAAGAAUUAAAUUAUUUUGUAAUUUGACAUAGGCUUUCACUAAUAUCCAAGCUAAUACCUACCUUAGAUGUAAACUCAGUUAUAGUUAUGGUUCCUACUCCUUCAGAACCAUUAAUCUUUUUUCAUCAAUAGUGAAAACCUGGUUGAAGUGAAGUGUAAGGUCAAAUAGAAUAUUAUAAUUAAAUAUAAGAUAAGUCUUUAAUUUUUAUUGUUUAAUUAUAUUAGAUUAGGUUAGGUUUGGACAUGGAAAUGUAGUUGUUGAUUUGAAAAGGCUGUAAGGUCAGUUUUUAAUCUCAGAUACUAAAUUGACAAAUUUUGAACGGUUCACCAACAGUUGAUUUUCCCUCGAUUAAGUGAGGUAUCAUUCUAUUGGUGGGAUACCUAAAUUAUUUUGUUAUGACAAUAAAAACACGACACUAUAUUUUAAGCAGGUAUCUUUUUGUCUUUAUGUUAAUAAGCAUACUAUGAAAUAACUCAACAUAAUUACGGAAUAUGUAUUUAACAUUUAUCAACAUGACAGAAAUUUGAUCUCCGCAGACCACUAGUUUCUUGUAAUAAGAAACUUUCAAGGUGUAAUUAAAAUAUGUAUGUUCAUUACUGAACAGACACA